CUGCAACGACGGCGUUUUUGCUGAACUCCUCCCUUGCCUUCCAUUUCGCUCUGGUUUUGGUUUGAGUGGUUUCCCCUUCAUGGAUGACAAGGGUUUUGGGAAGGUUUAACACAAUCUCAAGGAAGCUACUUGAUAUCACCAUGAGAAAGGUUUCAGUCACGUUGCUCCAACAUCUCAGUCGUCGCCGACUAAAUCCUUUUGCCCCGACUAUAUCAUUCAGCUCGGCUCCUUCAACUUCGUCUUCUCCGUCUCCGCCAAUUAAUCCAUCGACCCAUCUCAAGCACUACUGCACUAAAAGCCAUGGAUUACUUACCAGAAACAAGUUUCAGGCAAACUCUUGUCGAAACAUGGAUACUCUGGUUGAAACGCCCACUCAAAUAUCGUCUAGGCAGCGAAAAAUAAAGGAAAAGUCUGAGCUUGAGGAAGCUUUUGAGUCUGCGGAAACCAGUGAGGACAUGUUCAGAAUAUUCAAGGAUAUGGAGGCAACUUUCGAUGAGAGAGAGCUGGGGUUGGCCUCUUUGAAAAUUGGCCUCAAACUUGAUCAAGAAGGUGAGGACCCUGAAAAAGCCCUAUCAUUCGCUGACAGAGCUUUAAAGGCAUUAGACAGUGACAACAAACCUUCUAUACUUGUUGCAAUGACAUUACAGUUGAUGGGUUCGGCUAAUUAUAGCUUAAAGCGAUUCAGUGAUAGCCUAGGGUAUCUUAACAGGGCGAAUAGGAUAUUGGGUAGGUUACAGGGAGAGAAUGAUGUUGAUGAUGUUAGGCCAAUUCUUCACGCUGUACAACUUGAGUUGGCAAACGUCAAGACCGCCAUGGGCAGGAGAGAAGAGGCCCUUGAAAAUCUUAGAAAGUGUUUAGAGAUUAAGCAAUUGAGUUUGGAAGAAGAUAGUAGAGAACUGGGUAAAGCUAACCGUGAUUUAGCUGAAGCUUAUGUUGCCGUUUUGAACUUCAAGGAGGCACUGCCUUUUUGUAUGCAGGCAUUGGAGAUACAUAAGAAGCAAUUGGGGAAUAAUUCUGUGGAGGUUGCACAUGAUAGGAGAAUCCUUGGAGUUAUAUACAGUGGGUUGGAGGAGCAUGAGAAGGCACUCGAGCAGAAUACUUUGUCCAAGAAGAUUUUGACGAAUUGGAAUCUUAACUCUGAUUUGCUGCGUGCUGAAAUAGACGCAGCAAAUAUGCUGAUUGCUCUGGGAAGAUAUGAUGAGGCUACUGGUACUUUGAGGAGUGUUGUGCAGCAGACAGACGCAGAUAGUGAGACUCGGGCACUUGUACUUAUAUCAAUGGCAAAAGCUUUAUGUAAUCAGGACAAGUUUGCCGACUCCAAAAGGUGUUUGGAGAUUGCUUGUGGGAUUCUUGACAAAAAAGAAUCGAUCUCCCCUGUGGAAGUAGCUGAGGCAUACUCAGAGAUUUCAAUGCAGUAUGAAGCCAUGAAUGAGUUUGAAACUGCAAUCUCACUGCUGAAGAGGUCACUGGCUUUGCUUGAGAAGCUUCCACAAGAGCAGCAUUCAGAGGGAAGCAUUUCUGCAAGAAUAGGGUGGUUACUCUUGCUGACAGGUAAGGUGCAGCAGGCUAUUCCUUACUUGGAAAGUGCUGCCGAAACAUUGAAAGAUAGCUUUGGUCCCAAGCAUUUUGGAGUGGGUUAUAUAUACAACAAUUUGGGAGCAGCAUAUUUAGAGUUGGCAAGACCCCAGUCAGCGGCACAAAUGUUUGCAGUAGCCAAGGACAUCAUGGAUGUUUCUCUUGGUCCACAUCAUGCAGAUACAAUUGAAGCUUGUCAGAAUCUUUCGAAAGCUUAUGGUGAAAUGGGAAGCUAUGGCCUUGCAAUAGAAUUUCAACAGCAAGCUAUAGAUGCUUGGGAAAGCCAUGGAGCAGGUGCUGCUGAUGAACUCAGAGAAGCCCGCCGACUUCUGGAGCAAUUGAAGCAAAAAGCCAGUAGUGCUGCUUCUGCAAACGAGUUUCCCGCAAAGGCUCUGCCCUUACCUGAUACACCUCAACCACCUACCGUCUCCCAACCCAACAUCUCACUUCAAUCCAGCAGCAGAGCUUAUUAGUCUUUCCCUUUCUAAUCAUACGAUAUACUGUGUACGGGUCUUUGGUUGCUAGUUUCGAGUUUUGCUCACUUAGAAAAUAAUUUUUUUCCCGGAAAUUACAGAAUAGAGUUUGGGAAUGUCAUCAUAAUUGAGAAUUUGUUUUCUUUCACAUUCAGAAUUGAAGCUUUUGUUAAAAAUAGUCAAUUUUCUCUUCAUAAGUUCAUAUAAUUUACCUAUUUGUUCCCCGAGCUUAUAGAAGCAAUGCAAGCCGGCACCAGAGUAAGUGAUCAGCCGAAGAGAUACUUUAUGAUGCGUACCAUUUACUAGUGGCAUUACCCUUUGAUCUUGAUAUGUGUUGUCUUUAAACCAGUUCUUUUGUGGCGUUGUCUUUUCUACUGGACCUGUGCUUAAGAACAAGGAUAUUUCUUGCA